AUGUUAAUGUUGUUUAGCUUUACAUUUAUUCUCAUCAUUGUUCACAAUGUGUCCGCAAUAAGCACCGGCAACGUCAACACUACAGAUACUGUAGGCUUCGUAGCAGAGGACAAUCAGCGCGACACGAUUUCUCUGCUUAUCAGCUGCUUAGCUACCCUUGCUUUAUGUGUUUAUUCAGCUGUACACUUGAACGUACCACGCAAUGCUGAAGGCUAUCUCAAAGGCCUGUUUAGAGAGAUUCAAUGGUGCAUCCUUGGCCUGUUCGCACCGGAACUGAUACUAUACGCGGCCUGGCGACAACUAGCUUCUGCGCGACAGUUGUAUUCAGAGGUAGAAGAGGCAAAGAGGAAGAAAGAAGACAGCGCGAGAACACAAGAAAAGACAGUAGUAUCCAGAAAUCAUGACCAGCACCACCGUAGCCCCUGGACUAUCGUACAUGGAUUCUACGGCACGAUGGGUGGCUUCGCCCUCGAUAUUGACGAUACCAACUUUCGAAACGCGGUCUUGUUCAAUGGCGCGAAACGUCUUACCCUAACUGCAAAGGGAGUUGCACUACUCGCCCAGUGCGGACACAUUCCCGACAUCUCUAUCGAUGAAAUCAAGGAUAAGAACAAAGCAGAUGGUCUUGCUAAGCUUCUCGUGUGUAUUCAGGCCGGAUGGAUGAUCAUCCAGGUUAUCAGCCGGACAGCAGCUGGAUUACCAACUACUUUGCUCGAGGUGCACGUUGUAGCUCAUGUCGUUUGCGCGCUUAUCAUGUAUAUGCUCUGGUGGCACAAACCUCGUCAGGUAACUUCUCCAACAAUACUCAAAGGAGACUGGCUACCUUUGACUGCUUAUAUGUAUCUAGCGAGUCAAAUGAGUGGUAAGGUACCACAGGGCAAGUUUGCGAUGUUUCGAUUCGCCACUCCCGAACUAGAGAAACUGGCUUACUUCGAAGCUAAGACGACAAGGCCUGAAGACAUUGAUCAAGUCAAUCAUUGUGAUAGAGCGCAAUCUCGUGGGACCGGUCAUCUUAGUAUCCGUCCAACUAUCCAGAAUUCGGAACAAGCAGGCGAAGCAACCUUGCAGGACCCCGAAACCGAAGCCAGCUCCGAGCUAAAGCGUCUCGCGGAAGAAGCUUUACUUCUGUAUCCGGUCUUACAAACUCACUUCGCCCCAGCUCGCGAAGGGAAUAUCUCGGGUACCACUUAUAGGAUACCCUACGUUACCGAGCUACUACAAACUCAUGCACUCGACUGGCCAAACGACGGUUUACUUCGCCGCACCCAAUCUUUGAUCAUGGGGAUGGUAUUAUGGGGAGCUUCAACCGUGUAUGGUGCCAUACACGUUGCGGCUUGGGACUACUUCUUUCCCAGCAAGCUGGAGCAGCUGUUCUGGCGGCUGAGUUCUAUAUGGGUGACCUUUUGUGCUGCGUUCUGGUUGAUCACCAAUCUCUUAGCUCAUGUUUUCCCCUUCAUCGACAAAAUCUGGGUUGCCUACAACAAGCGGACACUUGGAUGGUUGAGCACUGUUGUCAUCUCGCUCUUGUGUAUAUUGUGUGGUAUAAGUUAUAUUGUAAGUCGCGCAUACAUUGUGGUUGAAGCUUUUGUCAGCAUUAGGAAUGUCCCAAAAGGCGUGUAUGAUACACCAGCGUGGUCGCAAGUUUUCCCUCAUCUAUAG